UUUCUUUUGGUCAAUUGGAGCAAACAAAACUCCCCGACACUAUACUUUCCGGCAAAUACUCUAAUCCGCUAUCUAUAUCUGUGUCUACAAUGUGUAAGACUUCUAACUUGAUUAAAUUUUGUAAUGGUCUUAAAGAACCAGCAAAAGAAUUAUUAGAGAUACCCAACCAUUCUAAAUUAAUAAAUCUACUAAAAGGAGUUAAAUUGCUUGCUAAAAAUUUAUUAUUAGAUAAACGCAAUUCUCUUAUUUUAUUAUAA